ACCUGCAAGGUGUUCAGUAAACCUGUAAUGAAAGGAGGUGUGUUAAGAUCACAGACUGCAGGUCAGGAGAUUUAAACUAUAGCUUCACAGACAUCCUGGGACAAGUUUAACACUUGGGAAAUAAACCGGUCUAAUUAUGGAAACCCCUACAGAAGUAUGGCACACACAGGUUGAACCAGAUGUAGAGACAGAUUCCAAACUUGAAUGUUCCAUUUGCUUCAACACCUAUGACAAUAUCUUCAAAACACCCAAGAUCUUGCAGUGUUCACAUACAUUCUGUCUGGAGUGUUUGGCGAGGGUGGUCGCUGCUCUACCACCAGAAACCAAAUCAGACAAAGUCUUGUGUCCCUUUUGCCGCCAACCAACGCCAAUCCCUCAAGAAGGGGCUCCAGCGCUGAGGACCAGUCAAGAACUUCUGUCCACUCUACCACCUCACCUCCAGCAUGAAGAGCCUGUGUGGAUUGAGGGCAGCAAGCUCUGUUACAAGCAACACACAGACUCAAACUCAGACUCAAGUCAGACAGAUAUGUGUGUAUGCGUGGACAUUGGGUUAAGCAAAAAGGACAACCCACCAGUGGAAACAAGGCGCACUGGACUGCGUGGUUUUUGUGGUGGAUGCAGUGAUUGGAAGAGACUCUUGCUAAUCACCUUCAUGGUAGUGGUUUUGUUUUGUAUACUUCUGUGGCCAGUUCAAUGCAUCUUGAAGACAGGGAAUCUGAGGUGUGUAAGUGACUUUACACCUACCCACCAACCCAGCCCUAUGAUUUUAGUAACACAUGGAAAAUAAAGUUGUGACCUGAAUGCCAUUGAAUCAGUGAUUAUACCAACAGAGUGUAGGUAGACCUGUUUUGGUGGAGGACAUUCCGAGGAACGGGGAGCAUUAAGACAACCUGCAUAUCUCAAAAAAAAACAAAAAACCUUCAAGCCAACUGCUUUUUGGUGUAUGGAUGUAAAACGGACUGUGGAAAUAUGUAGACAUCCAAGUCUGUUUUAACCGUUACUUCCCAUACAUCCUUUCACAAAAUCAUGCACAUGGUGGAAGCGAUGCACCUAGAUUUAAAAAGGGUGCUAACCAGCCGGCGUUUAACUGGAACUGAACAUAAUAAUUGACAUCAGCGAAUGGAAAAUAUGUGAUAAAUACUGGUUUCUAUCAACCUCUAGUGCACAUUAUUAAUGCACUGUCUAUAUUCACCAUCAAUGACCAUGGUAAUAGUAAUUCAGUAUUAUGUGUUCUAGAAAUUAAUUUCAGAGACUCAGACUGAAAAAUGCAUGUAAACAAUGUUUUAUGUUGGUCUAUGAUGAAAAUCAGGUCAUGUAUUAACACACCCUGUGUGAUUAAGUCAACAUAUGCACCACAGUACAAACAGUUCUUCUGUUCUACCUGACAACAUACAGGACAGAGUAGUUAGUUUUCUAAAAAAAAAUAUGGUAAAAUCACAGUUUGUCUUUGUAGCUUUCAUAGGAAAUCCUAGUUAUUGUACGAUCAUUGCAAAGCUCAUACUUAACCAUGCAGAAAUAUACAUCUGGAAUUGCUAAGACUAAUUAAGCAGAAUAAAUGGUUAGCUUAACAAGUAUCCUGAUUUAGACUAUUCACAGAAAUACACAGAAACAAUUCCGACUAGAUUUCCAUUUAAAUCAAAUCAAGGUGUAACUGGGGGAGAUAAAAAACGGUGAAAUAUAUAACUGAUUUAAUAUGCAUUGAAAAAGACAAUCUCAACUCAUGGAAUGUUGUGUUUAACAGUUUGUUCGCUCUAUAUCGUUUACAUCAAUAACUCAAAUGCCAAAUGGAUGAGCAACAUCUACACUCCCCUAGGGUUGUGACAAGUGCCAGUUAGAACCAGAGUAUUCAUAAAUCCACAUAACUCAGAGACACAGAUAGAAGCAGACCUAUAACAAAUGUCUUUCAAUGUAUUUUUGUAUCUUCACUUCGAGUGUAAUAGACAGGGUUAUUCACCUGAGUAUUCAAAGUGAACUUCAAAGUUUAAAACCAAAAGUAUCCAAACUGAAAACAUAUCGGGCAAAGCCAUUUUUCCCAUUCAUCCAUUUAAAAAUGUAAUUCUCAAUUUAGUUAACAACCCUAAUAAUGUGUCUAAACAAGU